UUUUUUCUUAAGUAGAUGCGUUUGGAAGCGCUUUACGGAGCGCAGCUGAAAGCGGCGUGCCGAGGUGAUGGGGCGCGGGUCCCCCCGACAGCCGAGGAGCGGCCGAAGCGGGGCUCGCUGCGGGCCGUGCGGAGCUCCCCGCGGGGCUCUUUGUUCGCCGCUUCCAUAACGCGCAAAACCGCCCUCGCACCGGUCGCGCGGUGCUGUUGUUGGAGGGCUUUGCCUACGAAGUUUCCGCGUCCCGGUGUUAGAAAUGCAGCCUUUGGACGGACGGCUGCACUGACAGCCUGCGGUGGUGGCUCUGAUUUUGUGUGCCGGUCAAAUAAAAGCCCCUGGGUCUGUCUGACGUGCUCCAGUGUCCAUUGUGGAAGAUAUGUGAAUGGCCAUGCCAAAAAGCAUUAUGAAGAUGCACAGAUUCCUAUGACCAAUCAUAAGAAAACAGAAAAACAAGAAAAAGUUCAGCAUACUGUGUGUAUGGAUUGCAGUAGCUACAGUACAUACUGUUAUCGCUGUGAUGACUUUGUAGUGAAUGAUACCAAGCUGGGGCUGGUGCAGAAGGUCAGAGAGCACCUGCAGAACUUGGAAAAUUCAGCCUUUACAUCAGACAGACACAGGAAAAGAAAACUAUUGGAAAACUCAUCUCUGAACAGCAAGUUACUAAAAGUAAAUGGAAGCACCACUGCCCUCUGUGCCACAGGCCUUCGGAACCUGGGGAACACGUGUUUCAUGAAUGCCAUCCUGCAGUCGCUCAGUAAUAUUCAGCAGUUUUGCUGUUACUUCAAAGAAUUGCCUGCUGUGGAGCUGAGGAAUGGGAAGACAGCAGGCAGGAGAACUUACCAUACCAGGAGCCAGGGAGAUAACAAUGUUUCAUUGGUGGAAGAAUUCAGAAAGACACUUUGUGCUCUAUGGCAAGGAAGCCAAACUGCAUUUAGUCCAGAGUCCUUAUUUUAUGUUGUUUGGAAAAUUAUGCCAAAUUUUAGGGGCUACCAGCAACAGGAUGCCCACGAGUUCAUGCGUUACCUUUUGGACCAUCUACACCUGGAACUCCAGGGUGGCUUUAAUGGUGUUUCACGUUCAGUAAUUUUGCAAGAAAAUUCUAGCCUGACUGCGAGCAGCAAAUGUUGCAUAAAUGGAGCCUCCACUGUUGUCACAGCCAUUUUUGGAGGCAUUCUUCAAAAUGAAGUCAACUGCUUAAUAUGUGGAACAGAAUCUAGAAAAUUUGACCCAUUCCUAGAUCUUUCGCUAGAUAUUCCAAGUCAGUUCAGAAAUAAACGUACUAAAAAUCAAGAAAAUGGACCAAUGUGCACACUACGAGAUUGUCUUCGCAGUUUUACAGACCUGGAAGAACUUGAUGAGACAGAGCUGUAUAUGUGUCAUAAAUGCAAAAAGAAACAGAAGUCCACCAAAAAAUUCUGGAUUCAGAAACUACCAAAGGUGCUAUGCUUACACUUGAAACGAUUUCACUGGACAGCAUAUCUAAGAAACAAAGUUGAUACAUACGUUGAGUUUCCCUUACGAGGCCUAGACAUGAAAUGUUACCUGUUAGAGCCUGAAAACAGUGGCCCAGAAAGCUGUCUCUAUGACCUUGCAGCUGUUGUUGUGCAUCAUGGCUCAGGCGUUGGAUCUGGACAUUACACUGCGUACGCAGCUCACGAAGGUCGUUGGUUCCAUUUCAACGACAGUACUGUAACUCUGACCGACGAGGAGACUGUGGUAAAGGCCAAGGCCUACAUCCUCUUCUAUGUGGAACGGCAAGCCAAAUCUGGAUCAGAUAAACUUUAAUACCUCCUUUUAAUUCUCACUUAUCAAGUCCACGGGACAAAACAUUUCCAUUUUUCCGUAAAUACUUGAUCCAAGACUAUUAAUUUCAUUGUGCACUUUUCAAUUUCCUCUUGUGGGUUUUAGUUUUGUCAUGUCAGUGGUAGCAUUUGACUUACUGAACUUGGACACAAACUAACUUUUUUUUAGUUAUACCAGAAAACCUCAGCAGAUUUUGAUUUGCUGCUUUAGUUGUGAUAACUCAAUUUUUAUAUAUAUAUAGUUUCAUGAAAUACCUAGUUAUUUGACUUUUUUUAUAUUAAUGUUUCCAGUUCUCACUUUCUAAAGGCACAUUUACAUCAGAGAAGCUUUCUGUUCUCCUCACAAGCAAGACAAAUGUGCUUAUCACACAGAGCAAGAUAACUGUGUUGCUCUCACAGCUGUUAUAUAGAUCAAGGAAUUGCUUGCACGUAAUGUUUUACCUCGUGCAAGAAAGUAAGCUGUGACCUCUGACCAAUCAUUCUUUGUCUGCAGAAGAGAUGAAUGCAGCAUCAUUAUAGACCAGGUAAUUGCUGCUAUAGCUGCUAUAUUGGUGUGUAUUCAGGCUGCUGAAUUUCAUGAAUUGUUGUAAAUAAACAGUUGGUUUAAUUGUAUCUAUACUGCAGAAUAAUUCAAGUAUUCUUCACAUAUGCUUUUCCCACCCCCAAAACGUCUUUAAAAAUUACCUUAAAAUAUAUGCAUCUAAAUUGUCUUGGUUAAUUUUAUUAUUUUUUUUUCCAAUCAGACUUGAAUUGUUAAAAGUUGCCUCUUUGCUAGACUGUAAUCCUAAAGUUUGAUCAUGAACACUUCUUUGCUUUAAAACUCAGAGAAUUCCUGGCAGUGGGACCCCAGCUCUCUUUCCAUCUGGGAACUGGGAGCACAGCCCCUAAGUGUGGGGUUGUGAGAACACCCUUAGGCCUGAGUAUAUUCUGUCUGCUUCAGUGCCUGCAGUUCACUUGAAAAGGAAGCGGAUAGAGUUUGAGAUGCUUGAUGUGAAAUUUAUCACUUCAAAUACGAACUAAAGGGAAAACAGCCUGAAGGGUAAUGCAGAACUGCUUGUUGACUGGAGCAGAUUCCGGUAAGCUGCAGUAUUUAUCUGCUAGCCUGGUGUGGGAUCUUUCCAUUUUCAGACUCAAGGUUUACACAGAUGGUGGGAUUGAUGCAAUUUGUAAGACCUGACAAUGCAGUGGAGAAAGACAGCUGUUCAGAGUUUUCAGCUCUACUCCUCCACAUAGUGGAAGUCAGAUAAUCGCUGUUAGUGAGAUUUUAAAAAGGUGGUCAGGAGAAAAUGUUGCAAAACCCAGGAAUUCUGAAAACACCCAAAAUCUGACAAAUGCUUCAUUUCAGUGCUUUCCUUGCGCCCCACCCUUUCCAGCUAUCUACCUACUGCCCAGCCACUAACCGGGCGUUCCUGCAAUCUGAAAAGCUUGGUGGUAAGAAUAGCUUUUUACUUCACGUAGAGCAUGCUAUCAGUAGACUAUACUAGCCUGAAAACACCCAAGAACUGAAGUUUAACAUGUGAGUACUCUUUUCAUUUAAUGCUUCCAAAAAGACCAAAUAUGCAGCAGAAAUUUCCCUGCAAAUUGUACAUGUAGCUCAACCUAGUGCAGAUGGGUAAGCUCCUGCUUCCUUGCUGUGGGUUACCUGGUAGAAAUACGAACAGAAAUUAUGGUCAGGUGAGUUCCUUUUAAAAUGUCAGUCUUAUGGUUUUUUCUCCUUAAACCAGGAGAGAUUGACUGACUUAAUAUAAAAGUUGUGGAAAAUGUUCCAUUUUGCUCAUUGUGUAUGAAUAUGUGAACUGAACAUUAUUUAAAAUCUAUCGUGAUUAUCUGGUACAUUAAUGGAAGUGUGUGUGUAUAUAUAUAUAUAUUGUAUAUAUAGACUGCCAUUGAUAGUCUAUAUAUAUAGACUCCUGUAUCUAUAUAUAUUACAUUAUGGGAGUCUAUAUAUACAUACAGAUAUUCACAAUAGAUUCUAUAUAUCCUCAAGUUGAGCAGUAAAUAGAACUCUUAAUUGUUUAAACUGCAGAUAGUUUGUUAGCUCGCCUUUCUCAGUUUCACACAGAAGACAUUUGACAGACUUCACUGUUGUGUGGGAUGUGAAAUAUUUUUCACAGCAUUUAAACCCCAGAGGGCAGCCCUGCUGCUCCCAGCUGGGGCAUUAAGUCAGUUCCAUCCAUGUCUGCUUGCUGCUUGGCUUGCAUUGUUUUCUGGAGUUUUAGUGCAGGGAAUACAAACCUUAAACUGCACAACUAGCUGUGGGCCAGAAACAGUUUAACGGGCAGGAGUCAGGUGUAUGCAAACUAGUGAUGUAAAUGUGCCUUUCUGUAAUUGUAAGAACUUAAUUUGUAAUCUUCAUCGCCAUUCACGUACUUGUUUUAAGCAGCUUCUUCUUUCUGUUAAUUUUUGGGGUCAGACCAAUUUCUCACUUAAGCAUUUACUUUCAGUAACACUUUCUCUGUAACGUUAAGGUCUUGGGCGACGGUAUCCAGCAUGGUCCGUGUCAGAUGUGGCCAUGGGAACGCAGUGCAAUCACAUCAGCCUUGUUUCUUGCAGCACGUGGUGUACGGACUUAGCCAUAUGCUUUCCUGGAACAAAUACAUAUAAACCCUUUCCUAAUUUAACUUUCUCCCACUGCAAAACCGGAUGGACAGCAUGAACAGUUUGUUGUGGCAACACAAGUAUUUCUCUUCCUGGUGGAGAACUUUGCUUAUCCACUGUAUUCUAUUCAGUGUGGUGUCAGAAGAAAAAAAAAAAAAAAAGUAAGCACUGAACCAGUAACCUAUACUGCACCUGGCCUAGUAUUACAUUUUUAACCUUACUUGUAUAGCCUAUAUUUAUCUACUAGCUUGUGGGAGGGGAGGGAUAUCUCAUUUCAUUCAAGCCAAAUGUUUCUACUUAACUGCUGAUCGUAGUACACGCUAACAGGCAAGAAUUUGUCUUGCUUGUGACUGCUCUGCAGAAACUUCCAUGUUUUUCAUCAAAAUUUGUCUGAUCGAGGGUUACCCUUUUUUGUUAGUCACUGUUUAGCCAUGUACACAACUGGAGACGUGAUUCAUGUCAAAGAGAACUGCAGAAUGCCCAGCUCUCAGAACACUUCUGCUCCGGUGUGUUGCAUAUUGAGCAUUUCAGUGAGUGUGGCAUUAUGCAAAACGCUACAGCACUGAUGGAGCUCUUUCUCGUUGCGUAGGCAGAAGGGAUUUUUCCAGGUGUGAACAGCUGUGUGAGAUGAGAGUUUAAAGCUUGUGGGGAGCAAUGGAUGUGUUUCAGAAGCUGAAGCCCAUUUACAAGGAUUUUGCUAAAGCAGUGGAAAGCAUAACAGUUGGUGUUCAACAGCCUCCCCCGUGUUUCAUUGCUGAUGUGUCUGUGUCUUACUGAUGAGGUAAUCGGCACCUUGAAAACUGAUUCCGAUGUGCUUUAGGAUAUCCUCAAGUACUGUAGUGCCAUAGUUGUAAUUGUUUACCAUUAAAAUUGUGUGUAAUUUUCA